UCGCACGGUAUGUGACGGAGAAAGAGGCCACCGGUGGACUGUGGUGCUCACGCCAACGUGCUCUCUGCCCGAGGAUCGUGCGUUUCCGGUUUUCGAACUGCUCGCGCCGGCACUUCUUCGUCUCCUUUCAUCUGGUCCCGGCUGGUUCGUUGCUCUCGUUGCGCGAUAUGUGAUCCGUCGUCACGAUUUCCUCGAUCAGCGAAUCGACGAAACGCGUGUACCUGUCCACGAAAAGCGGGAAACAACGCGCUUCAUCCGCCUCGCGCUCGCCUCCGGACACCAAUUUGACUCCGUUUCGCGCGUGUGGCCGACCACGCGCCCAAACCGCACGCGGAUUUCCUUCCCGUGCGUAAAAUACAACGUGGACGACGAUCAUUCGUCGCUAGAACCGUCUCGCCAACGUGCAACGCGAGGUGUUCUCUUCCUCCUCCUCCCCCCUUUUGCCCUCCUCCCCACCCUCCCGCUACCCCACACUUUUCCCUCGAAUUAAUAUCGAUCGUUAAUCGAACGGGCGCAGAUUUUCCGGCGAUCAGGUCGUCACGACGAUCACGACGAACGGUCCGACGAGAAUGACUUUCCGUCACGAAGCAACAGCACUACUGGCCAAGUGUAGGGGACUUGCUCGCGAACUUGCGAAGUGCGCACUUUUUUGCGAGGUGGCGUUGUGGAGAUAAAACGCAGACCAGUUUCAAUUCAGUUCAUUGUUACGGUCAUUAGCUUACGCGGCAUGACGAGUGAUAGGUGUGCUUUCGCGAUAACGCAUCCGCAUUUUUCGAACUGUGAUUCCUCUCUGGAUAGUGUGGUGGUGAAUGUGCCUUAGAAAGCUACGAAAACCGUAUUGACAGCCAAUUAGCCGAGAUCGGAAAGGAAAAGGUGAAUAGAUAUAACGAUGGUAGAUACGCAACACUUUUGCCUGCGAUGGAAUAAUUACCAAAGCAGUAUAACGUCGGCGUUUGAAAACUUGAGGGACGAUGAGGAUUUCGUGGACGUCACACUGGCCUGCGAUGGCAAGAGCCUCAAAGCGCACCGCGUCGUACUUUCCGCCUGCAGUCCCUACUUUAGAGAAUUGCUCAAGAGCACACCGUGCAAACACCCGGUGAUAGUACUUCAGGACGUAGCGUUCAGCGACUUGCACGCUUUGGUGGAGUUCAUUUAUCACGGGGAAGUGAACGUGCAUCAGCGUUCCCUUAGCAGUUUCCUGAAGACCGCAGAGGUCCUCAGGGUAUCGGGGCUCACGCAACAGGCGGACCAAACGGACAGGGACGAGCUGUCCCACGUCCGAGCGUUGGCCGCCGGUGGCAAUCAUCUUCCUUUCCACGAGAAAUUGGAUGAGAGCUUUCCCAGGGGUGGUUCCCCGCCCACGCCAGUGACCCCGAUACCACCCACCGUGCAGCAAUUGCUACGCAGAGCGCAGAUACGCAAGAACGAGAGACGAACGCCUGACCCGCACGAGGAACCCACGAGGAAGACGAGGCUGUUGUCGCCGCCGUUGAACAACAACGACGCGACGCCCACGGACUUCUCGAUGGUGAAGAACAACCAUCUUUCGAGCAAGGUCGAGGGUAACGGAGUGCACGAGGAGACCAGCCCCCUGGAGGACAACAUUAAGUGCGAGCCGUUGGAGCUGACAGGUGGCAACGGUGGCAACGGGGGCAACAACGAGGACUCGUCGGAUUCUGGAGCUGCGGCGUCGGAUCGGCCACCAGCGUCCGCGAGCAGUAACGAGCACGAGGUCGAAUCCGAGCACACGUCCACGCCGAAUUUUUUGUCCGAGACGAAAAUCUUCCCGCCCACGCCUGGAAGCUUUAAUUUCAGUAUGGCGGCACUAGCCACGGAACACAUGCCGUUGUCAGUGAAAUUUCCAGGGCUGGGCCACGGGUUGCAACCACCGGACUUGGCAGGAACUUCGCAAGGUACGGGCAACGGGAUGCAUCCAGCACCGUCGACGCCUCCCUCUGCCAUGUACCGGAUGCCGCCGCCAACGGCGGGCGGCAUAAACGAGCCUCAGGAAUGCCCGUACUGCCGUCGCAACUUCUCAUGCUACUACUCCCUGAAGCGUCAUUUCCAGGACAAGCACGAGCAAUCGGACACCCUCUACGUUUGCGAGUUUUGCAAUCGCAGGUACCGCACGAAGAACUCGCUCACGACGCACAAGAGCCUCCAGCAUCGCGGCUCGAGCGGCAUGCUGAAGAGGCUGCUGAAGACCAGCACGAUCAAGAACGUUCUAGGCAGCAUGCGCCAGGCCCAGAUGCAGCAGCAGCCGCAAUGAAAAUGUCGGGACCGUCUUACAGUCACCCCGUCCCCGGACCCCCCACGUCGUCGUUCGCGUAACGCGCGACGACGCGUUCACGUUUCCGAUCCGGCUCUUCGCUGCUCGCCGUCGCCGUUUGCCGGCUCGAUCACGGGAGAUCGAGCCACGCGACCUCGAAACGCGUCGAUCGCGAACGAACACGGUCCCGCGCGGUGGCGGUCCUGCGAUCGUCGUCGAUACCUUCCGUCGACUCGUCCGCCGACGCUCUUCCGUCAGAGAAACGCGCCUCCGCUCGUAGUCGUCGUUUCGUAGCUCCCCUCGUGUCAAGACUGCGAUCGAAUCCAAAGAAGAAAAGAGGAGAGUAAUCGACUGAGACGCGAUCCGUGAUUAUUCGCGAGAAUUAUCGCCGGGUCGUUUAUGGUUGCCGUGGCACGCGCUUUCGCGAGCUGAGAAUACAUUCCAUUGCGUCGAGGCCCCGAGGUGUCGGGGGGGCCUGGACCGAUUUUAAACGAGGUCUCGAGAUGCGACUAUUGCUUUAAGACAUUCUAAGAAGGGAUCAGAGGUGACUACGACGUCGGUUGGCGUUCAGGCGAAUUCCCUCGCGGAAAUUGUAGACCGAAAUCGGGUUUCACGGAUGGAAGCAGGAGGAUCGCUUCAGGGAUGAGAGGAAGUGUUUCAGGGCUCACUCGUACUGUCGACUCUUCUGUGGCAUCGUCUUGGGCAGAAUUUCUGGUUAAUUAUUACUGAGUCGCGAUUUACAUGUUCAUGGAAUAUACAUACAGGUGGAAUAUAUAGAUUAUAUAUACGGUUUUGAUUCAAAGGUCUUGCGAUCAGGGGUGCACGAUCCCUUUGCACAUUUCUAAAAAUUAUAAAAUAAAUAUUUCCAUUAAAGUCCGUUUAGUCUAUGCGUAGUUACGUUUGGUUAAGUAACAAGUACUCGGUAAUCGUGAUUCUUUUAGAAAAAUUCCAAAUUAUUGAUCCCUGAUUGUGGAUUACCCAUCGAUCUGGCAAAAUUAAAAUUCUUCUGCCAAGGAAAGUGGACAGUCCGAGUGAAUCUUUAAAGCGACCAAAACUGGGUAAUUCUAGGGAAUUUUUAACAUAAAAAAUAUGCCACGCAGAAAGUUCAUAUUUGAAUACAUGAGUCGAUAUACUUCGAACUAUAUCUUGUAAAAUGUGUAUCGAAGAAUAUUGGAAAAUUGCUUCAACCAGUUUGCUUUAACGUUUCUUGGUAUGUUUGCAUGGCUGGCCAUCGCUGCAACUCACAAUUGACUAAUUCGAAAGCAAUAAUCGAGGUUCUAAGAAAAAUCCUUUAUUUACAUUUCCACCAUUGGAAGGAAAUGGUUAAUUAUUUCCAUUGAAAAGCUAGACUAACUUUUAUGCAGUAAUUUCAAGAAAACCUCGCCGCCAUUUUCCAAUACUUCUCGAUACAAAUUUUAUUCGACGAUACUUCGAAGUAUACGCUCUCGGAAUUCGAAUCUAAACUUUCAACAUUUCGUAAUUCUCACUUUAAAAAUUCCCAACAAAUUUUUGAUUCCAUGAUCGAUGCAUGACAGUUAUACACCCCAAGGUCCGUUUUCACGCGACACGGAGUGACAAUCUCCAGUACCACAACAUCUCUCAUCAUCGUGGAAACUGUAAAUAUCACCUUAUCGUGACAUUUCGAUCCCAAGAAUCGUAACUCCCCGUUGCAUGGAAACUGACGCUUGCAGCAAGCCAGACCGUUCCGAAGCUUCUUCCUCUCAUUUAAAAACAUUCAUCCCUGGUCUGUGCGCCGAUCUCUCGUGUCACCAAAUCGCGUCGAUUCACAAUGUUAUCUUGCUGGCGGUUGCGACGUCGGCCAAGAUCUUUACCUUUGAGGAAGGGUCGCGCGGCGACGACGUCGAGUCGCGAAGGACGCGGGAACGAGAAGCAGAGAGGCAGCAAGAGGAGGAUACGUAACCGUGAAACCGUAUCAGAAACGAUAGUAACAGCCGUGCGCGCGCGUAUGUGUGUACGUUUCCGUCGCCGGAGCUUUCGCUAGCUAAAUGAGGGCACGUCGCGCACGCACACACGCGUGCUAAAGCGCAAUGCCGUGAAUGUUGUGCAGUUGAACGAUAGGGGAUCGCGAGGAUCUUAGGCCUAAGUGAAAUUCAAUUACAAACUCUACGAAUAUUGUGCUCAAAUUCGGGGAAACGGGAGAGAUUGAGAAGAGAGGCAGGAACGAAUUCUUGGGGCAGGGCCGAGUAGAACGGAAUGGACGGAUAGGAUAGAGGGGGUCGAAGACAAGGGAAAAGACGACGGGAAUUGGAAGGGAGGAGGAGCGUGGAAAAGUGCAAGUAGAAGUUAUAUGGGCUCCUACACGUGUACAGGUCCUUCGUGCGCGCAAAUUACACAGACUAUAUUUUUAACUCUUUAAAAGUAAUAUUUUGAGCUGUACGAUAUAAUUGAUAACGAUGAUAUUCUCUUGUUCAGGUUUUACAAGGGAUGGAAUGAGAACGAGAAGCAAAAGAAACGAAGUAGUUCGACGUAGAUAGAUCAAGACGGGGCAGGGCGGUGAAAACUCUCGGGCGUCCUCCUUUCAUUCACGAAUCGAGUAACAACGCGAAUAAAUUGAUACGGUCGACCCUUUGCGGACGCUCGACGCGUGUAUGCGUUCAGUUUAUCGUAAGACCGCUGGACGACUAUUAGCGUUCGGAUUGUUCCAAGAUGCUCGUUCGCGAAGGGUCGAUCGAUCGACGCGUCUCGUUGGCGAAUGUGCAAUAUUACGAGUAAGAGGUAAAAUAGAAUUCGGGUCGCGAAGCGACGCAUCGUCGUCUCAGAACUACGAAUAAACUUUUCUUUCGUCUCGACCGAGGAUAUCGGCAAACGACAGAGAGAUCCAGAGUCAGGCCGAAGGAAAGCGAUCGCGAUCGGGGAUUCGGGGCGAGCGAAACGUAGACGAGGGGGUGAAACGAAUGGGAAAGAUGGCGCCCGAGGGCGAUUCCUUGCGAGACCUUCGAGCGCUGCCCCGUUUCUCUUUGAAUCUUCGAUACACAUCCACAUUAACGUACGUACAAGGUGAAAAGAAAACGCCCUAAAAGAGUUAUUCAUCGCGUAACAUAUUCAGGUCUAGAGCUCAGUGUAAAAAGAAACAAAGUUGAUGUUUUAUCGUAAGGGGGUUACAAGGAAGCAACAAAAGGAAAAAAAAAAAAGUAAAUAAAUGAAACAAAGGAAAUGCCAUUAUAACUAACGAGCAAGUACAAAUUAUUUGAGGGGAAAAUGAAUAAAACAAAUUACGUCUACGUCUAAUUCUUAGGUUCCGUAGUAGCGGGGGAGUUAUGGAAUGAGGGAAAUGUAUUUAAAAGAAACGGGUUUGGGGCGCGAGAUGCGGCCUUCGCGGGUUUUUGAAGCGGCGUUAGCACUGGGGAUCGAGGAAAGUGAACGGAAACGAGUCGAUGCUAGGACAGGGAGAACAAGUUUUCCAGAAACAUAUCUUCGCGAGAACGAGAUGUAUACCGUGAGAGAGCGAGAGAGAAAUUAUACGAUUUUAGAUUUAGGUGUCUUCCGAUGGCGGGAGUUUUUAAAAUAUUUGCGUAUACAUUCGUAGAGGUAGAAACGAUUGAAAAAAAAAAAAGAAUAAACAAAACAAACGAAGUACGUCUUAUCCACGACCGGCCAAAGCAUAAUGUGGAGAUAGAAAAGAAUAAACGAGAGUGAAACAAAAAUAAAGAGAAACGUUCCUUCCGCGAAAAUGGGGGGAGGGCGGCAACUUGCGCGUGGACAUCUUUGCUUUCCGAAAAUUUCUUUUCGACUCGGGAGAAGCUGAAGAUAGAAUUCGUUAGUGAAAAUUAUCCUAGUCAUUUUGGAAACCUUUUAUAAUUCUGUGAUAUGUAUAUGUCGAACGCGAAGAAGCAUCAAAGAUACGAUAUAUUCGGCGACUACAAAAUAAAAGGGGAACAAGGAACGCGGGAACGGGUGGAUCGGGGGGGGGGGGGCGACACGGUGGGCGCGGGGGAGGGUUAAACGAUGAAUGAACAACAACAAAAAAAUUAAGGAAGAAACGUUUAGCGAAACGAGUUCCACAUUAUGAUUGCCGGCGUGCGUGCUGAUCGCGUGUACAGCGAGAGGAAAUUAAUUGGUUAAUUAAUAUCGGGAAAUUCUGUGAUGUCCUUCAGUUGGGUAUACUGGAACGAAAAUAUUAGAGGUAUAUAUGAUGGUGAAAAAAACGAAAAGAAGUAUACGGAAUUAGGUCGAUGUUCGGUGUUGUGUAAGUUAAUUGUAAAAGAAAGAAAAUAACGACGAAGAUAAAAGCCGAGACGAGACUCUUUUAAGCCGAGAAGAUUGAAUCGGAUGCUGUCGAAGGUCCCGUGCGAUCCAUGCGGCGACCGCUGAUUCGUUUUUGGAAAGAAAUUGUCGACGGGAAAAUUUUCGUGGAAAAAGGAACGACGAGCCCCGGGGCUCGAGAUUAACGCGAAUAAUCGGUACGAUACCAAAGUGAAUUUGACUGUUACGUUUAUUUUUAUUUGUUUCGUUAGUUUUCUUCUUUUUCAUUGAGCGAGACCAAAGGGAAUCAACGUCGACGAUGAUCAGCUGUCGCCACGGGAUCGAUGGACGAUGCUCAGUGUUUGGAUAUAAAUAAACAUAUCUCUUCAGGGUACUCGACCCAUUUGUACACUGUCACGGUGUUUAAAUCGAAAAUUGCGAAAAAUGAGAAAACCCCAAAAAAAAAAAAAGAUAUGAUACACACGCACACAGACAGACACACACACACGCGCGUACACACUCUCUCUCACACGCACACACACACACACACACAAAGAAUCUAUUCCAAUGUGCCAACGUCUUCAAACUAAAACAAGGAACUUUAGGUCUUUUACUGUUUACACGUGGAGAAAAUAAAAAAAAAAAAAAGAUGUAGUUAGGCGUCGCGUCGCAUCUUCUAUCAAGAAACGAAUAUUACCAACAUUAUUACUAUUACUAAUCGUUCUAGGAUUUAAAGCGAAUAUUAUUAUACGAAAUAUUAUCGAAGAACUUUUCUCGAACCUUUAAUGCAUGGAUUUUUGUCUCGUAUGCUAUUACAAGAGAAGAUAAGAUUAAAAAAAAAAAAAAAAAAAUAAGAACGCAAGAAAGGGAAAGAAAGAGAUUGUGUGACUGACGUGUGAAUUUACAAGAGGUAAAAAAAAAAAAUAAAAUAAAAACACGAUAUAAACGUCGUAAAACUGGUAGCGGCAUAGGCAUUAAUACUGUAUCGGCAAUGGGAUGCAAUCCGUGCGAACUUGGACGUUGGUUGAGGCUCUGGGCGUCUAUGUGUGGACGAUAUGUGGGUUAUUGUUGUCUCGAGAAUAACGCUAUUUGUAUCGCGUACUUCCUUUUUUCUCGUCGAUCGUGUAUAAUCGCAGCCGACGAUACCAAGUGGCCGACUUUUCUUGUGCGCAGACUUUUUAUACUGUAAGCCCCGACUCUGUACUACGAAUAACCGGAUCCAAUUGUGAAGGAUUACCCGCGCCCGAACGUGGAUGCCGCGACACGUUAUCGUGGCGUGCACGUUCGACGGGAUUUUCCUACGACAACCAUAAACCAAUAGAUUCUAGCUUCCGUUUCGACCCGUUAGAGCCGUCGUUGGACUUUGACACGUAAACGUGUAUCCAUGCUUUACGUUGGUUAACGUAAUUCUUUCUUCUUCUUUUCUUUUUUUUUUUUUUAUUUUGUUUGUUUAAUCGUUCGUUUAAUAAACAACAUGUAUCGCACUUGAGCCGGCAGUUUGCGGGGCUCGAGCUUGUAAUUUCCUGGCGCUGUGACGAAAUACUUUGAUACGCGAGUUUACUUUCGAGAAGGCUGAUUUUUAUAAUUUUUAAACGUUUAAUACGGCGUUUAAUUAAAGACUCAAAUUUAUUUUUUUUCCAGACUUUUUUUUAAAGAUAAAAAAAAAAAGAUCCCUACAUUUAGGGUGAAAUCGACUGAUUAGACUGGUUUUUUUUUUCGAUUGGUUUUAACUUCUUGAUCAUGUGAUAUUGUCUUACCAAAGAGCAUCGGGAAAUUGUGAAAGCUUCUCGGACUUUUUAACUGGUAUCCGAAUAAAAGAAACGAAAUUUCAUCGUGAUGGCGACGCGCGAGUCUAUCGCUCUACGACUAAUGAGUGACGUUCUUAUUUCGACAGAAACAAAACCGUUCCAUUGUGCAUUUACUACAUCAACGAUCUCGUGAAAGACGUUCGACUAGUUCCAAGGAGCUGGAUAUCACGAAAGUCCGAGACAGCGUUUGCGGAUUAUGUUACUUUUGGGUACAAUCGCUCCUUCGGUUUCGUUUUCGAAAGAAAAACGAAAAAUCUUUUCUUGUUUUUCUUUUUCAAAUCGGAAGACCAAACAAAAACAAAGAGAAAAAACACAAAGCGAAAUCACGAGGGGAUAAUAGGGGGAGGGAGAAGAGAACAGAAGUAAGAAACGCAUCUUUGAAUCGAAAACGGAAAAAAAAUAACGUUGCUUAGGGACGAUGUAUAAUUACGAGAAAUUGAUAGAAAAAAAAAAAGUAACGUCGAGCAUAAGGAGAAAGACUACUUAAAUUUAUUUUUAUUAUGUCUUCAAAAAGACUUUAAAUAUAAUAUUUAUAUUGUGCCAUAAUUAAUAUUAACAGAACCUUAAGUAUAAAUUAAUUGUUACGAAAGUUUUUAAAUUUAUCGGAAGGGGAAAAUUGCAAAAUCAUAAAAAAAGAAAAAAAAUAAAUAAGUGAACGAAGCGGGAAAAAAACGCUAACGUGGAAGGAAAAGAUAUCACUUAACUGUCUAUCGAUAAUUAACUGUACGGAUAGUUAUUAAGGAAAUGAAUCGCGCCAUUUUUAAGUGGAACACGCACCGUAUUUACAAGUGAAGCUAGGAUUAAAUAACAACGGUUGAUCACCUCCGCUCAUCAUUGUGACGCUAACGAGACUCGCGUGGCGUGCGCCCCCUUUUCGUCGCUUCCCAAUCAGAAGUUAGGGGAAAAAAGAUUGUAAGAAAAAUGAACCAGAACAACACACUCGCCGUUCUUCCACGCACGAAGUUGUGCAUUGUUUCGCUUCGUUCUUGCCAAAUUCGCGAAACCGUGGGUCGCUGUUUCCCAAGCGGACGGCUAUGGCAUCGACGAAAGUCAUCGUGCUCGUUGCUUGCCAAAUAUUUUUCUGGGUCUUAUUUAUUUAAACAUUUUUUUUUUUAACGGCGUCAACGCCAACCGUAAGGAAUCAACCGUCCCGGAUUGCAAAGAACGACCAAGAAACGAGCCGAUGACGACGCCGGUAUCGUUCGUAGACGAUGGCGACGUGUACACGAAAGAAACUAUGCCGAGAUGGCGGAACGGACGAGGUACGCGCGCUUAUUCGAACGUUAUGCCACGUUCUCGCUGCGCAGAAGUAUUUCGAAGUAAGGCGCAUAUUCCGCUACUUAGGACGAUCGCGAUCGUGGCUCGACGAGCGAUUUAAAUCGUUGGGCAGAAUUUUCGUCCGGAUGCAAAAUUUUUAAUAAUUAUACGAAGUAAAACAAAUUGUUUAUCACGAAGAGAAAGAUGCAAGUCGUAAAUUGGACCAAAUAUACUUUAACUCAAAUACUUUAAUUCAAUCGAAUGUUAUGCUCUCAGAACAAAUAAGAAUUUCGUAUUAAUUAUUCGUAACACGAAAUUUGAACAAGUUUUCUACUCACGUAUUGCACCGAUGCAUUACUGUAUCGUAAAAUAUAAAGUAUCUCACAAACUGUUCGAUUACUUGUUUCUAAAAAAUUGUGAUAGAUAAUCGGUAGUCCAUACUGAGUCCAAUUAAAAAAGACAUUACUGUACCGAUCGUAGAUUGAAUAAAUGGAAGCUUGUCUGAACAUUCGAUUAAGUCAACGUUGCGAGUAAAAGUUUUUAUUCGUCGCGAAUCAAUGCGAUCAAAUUCUGCCCAGCUCCGACAAAAAGAAACGAGUGAAAGGGGUUCCACGAUUGUAACGAACCGGUCUUUGCGAAACGCCAAUAGAGAUGGGAAUUCCUUUGUCUUCGCAGAGGCUCGUUCGAAUUGGGGCCUCUUUUUUCGUACACUUCCGAGCGCCGUAAUGCCUCUAUUUGCUCCGUGCCGCGCGAACCGCAUCGAAUAUCAUCGUUUCAUUUGAUUCUACAUAUCGUAUGUGAGUGUAAUUCUUCCGUAUGGAUACGCAGAGAUCGUGUCACUUCGAUAUCGUGUCGGAACUACUUUACGUUGUUCUGCUCCGUGUAUUAUUAUGUACGAACUUUUCUGUCUGUCGAGUCUUUUUUGCCUGUUCAACGUUAUUAUACGUAUCUAUACAUAUAUGUAUACAUACAUACAUGUGUGUGUGUAUGAUGUACGUAUCGGACGACGUUUGUCGUCCGAUACGUGCGCAACUAUCAUUAAUCGAUCGCCGAGGAUAGUUCGAUCAUUUAGUUAGCUCGAGAAAAAAUAUGGGGGAUGAAGGACGAACGAUGUACGAUAUUGAUGAGGAGUCGAUGGCACGUUAUGUUAACUUUUUAUGUACAUAAAUAUAUAUAUACAGAUAUGUACGUAUACAUACAUAACACGCAUAAAAUAUUAUAUAUAUAUAUAUAUUAUAUAUAGGCCUAUUUUGUAAGGUUUCUCCUUGAGUUUAUUUUUAUGUUAAUCUUUUUCGUUUUGUUACAGCGAUUUACGAGAGUGAUUGUUUAAACGCGUUUAGGAGAACUUACUGGAUACUUAUUAUUAUUAUUAUUAAUAUUAUUGUCAUUAUCACGAUUAUUAUUAUUAUUAUUAUUAUUAUUAUUAUUAUUAUAUUCAUUAUUAUUGCUAUUAUUAUUAUUAUUAUUAUUGCCCUUAUAAUUAUUGUAAUAAUAAUUAUCAGUACUAGAGUUAGCAUUAUUAUUUUUAUUUUCGAUUACGUCACGAUUGCGGUCGUUUGUUUCUUUUCUCUAUUCUUUUUUCAUCUUUCUUUGAACGGCGAUCGAUCGCGAUGCGCGAGGCGCGCGAAUCACGCGCGAAACGUUCAUGCCCGUCGCGAAACGCCCCGCGCAUCGCGAAAGCCUCGGCCGUCGUAUUUUCACGCUUUCGUGUACAUUUCUUUGCGGUUCACUGCUUCCUUGUCACGAUCGCGAAGCGUCGAUGGUUUCCAUCCGUUCAGUACGGUUAAUAUUUAGUCCCAUACGUGAAUCACCGUAAGAAGCACAAAUAUAUUAAGAGAUAGACCGGGUCGUCGAGCGCAAAAGGAUCCACGUGUUGCAAAAAGAAAAAGCGUCUACCCAGGCCACUCUUUUUCCGGUGUACUCGUUUCGCGAGCGGUAACGCGAUUCGGGCUUGCACGAAGCUUACAACCCGCAACCCAUCACUCCGUACACCCCCCCACCUCACCCGCCCGCUGAUAAUUCGAUCGCGAGAAUCACGUUUUACCAUGAUCGAAGCAUCAAUUCGGCCCUUGUCACGCGCGACGAUCGCGCACGCAGCUCCACGUGUUCCAUUUCCGGUAACAAUCACAAGUCGAGAGACAGAAAAAGGGAAGAGACCGCGCGAAAGAAGCAAAAAAAAAAUAAUAAUAAUAAAUAAAUAAACAAAUAAAAAAAAAAAGAUACACGAAAAUAAAAUAACGAAAAAGAUAACCGUAUAUUCGCGACGUUGUGGAAUCUUUCGUGGACAAUCACGGCCCGACUAUAAUUGUAAUUGUAAACAAAGUGCAACACGCUGCCUUGCUGAACAGUACAAGUACAAAACGAAUACAAAUACAUAAAUGAAAAAUAAAAAAAAAAAGUAACAUGUCUUCGAUUUAAUGGAUGGAAAUGAUUCCGGUAGUUAAGGUAUCGACGAAAAAAAAAAGAUAAAUAAAUAAAAAUAAAGGUACGAGAGAGAGGGAGAGAGCGAAAAAAAUAAUUUAAAAAAAAAAGAAA